UGUAUCAGGUGUGAACGUACCUUAAGUUCAACCAUGGAUGUGUCUUUAGCAGGAGGUGCUGUUGUUUAAGUUUUUGGACAGGUGCUGCUGUUGUCUGAACUGUUGGGCACAUGCUGUUCUAACGAGCAGUUUUAAAUGCUGUGCUGUAUGCUGUUUACAGGUUGUGCUGUUUUAUAAGCUGUUUAACAGACUGUGCUGUUCUUGACCUGUUGUGUGCUGUAUUCUCAGCUGUUUGACAGGCUGUGCUGUUGCCUAUUUACCUCGGCUGUGACUUCUGGCACGGUGCUGUUGAUGCUCACUCUUGCACCGUGGUGUGUGUCAGUGGUGUGAGUUAGAUGCACGUGCAGUCGAGAGGCUGUUGUUAAUUAUAAAACAGUUUUGGCACAAUUUUUUUCCUGUUUUCAAACGUUCGUGAGUGGAAUAUGAUCAAAAUGUCAUCAGAUUUGGAUGGAUAAAAACUUUUAUCAACACGUCUGGAUGUGAUUCUCUGGAGUUCAAACAGACAGCCAUCUCAGCGAUGCAAGAUGAAGUUCGAUGAGAUCCUCGUCCACAUUGGAGAGUUCGGCUGCUACCAGAAGAGGGUCUACUUCAUCCUAUGUCUGCCCGCCAUGUUGUGUGGCCUGCAGGUGCUCAGUACCGUCUUCAUCAUGGCCACGCCUCCACACAGAUGUAAGCUCCCAGGCUACACCAACGACACCUACGAGGUCCAGGGCCCCCACCAUCAGUACCUCAUCAACCUCACCAUCCCCCCGGGGGAGGACGGUGCUGGACUUUACUCCGAGUGCUACGUCUACUCUGACGUCAACGGCACGGGCCACAACGUGACGUCACAGCGGGGCACGAGCCACUGCUCCGAGUGGGUGUUUGAGAAGACGGAGUUUGACAACACCAUCAUAGAGGAGUUUUCCUUCGUGUGUCGUGACACCAUCCUCCGCUCUCACAGCAACAUGGUGCUGUUUGCUGGUGCCCUGUGUGGCUCGGUCUUCAUGGGCAUCAUAGCUGACAUAGUGGGCAGGAAGAAAGCCAUCAUGUUGUCACUAUCUAUACAGUUUGUCACCGCCCUGGCUAUCUACCUGUCCCCCACCUACGAGAUGAUGAUCGCCUUCAGAGGUUUGGCUGGUGUGGCGACACAAAGCCUGUUCGCGGUCAGCGCAUCCACAGGUAUAGAGCUAGUCGGGCCGACGAAGCGAACAUUCACAGGUGUUGUUGUGGAGAUGUACUGGUGUGCAGGUAUUUUCCUGCUGCUGCCAGUGGCCUUCGUCUUGCGAGACUGGAGGAACAUCCAGCUCUUUCUGUGUCUCAUCACCAUCCCGCUCUUCUCCAUGUGGUGGUUGAUCCCCGAAUCUCCAAGAUGGCUGCUAGACAAACAGAAGUUCUCUGAGGCUCGGCAGGUCUUGGAGCGGAUCUGCCAGUCCAACAAGACCAAACUGCCUCGUGACGCCAUCGACGCUGAGACGGCUAGCGAGGGCCCGCAGGGGAAAAUCUGGCAGAUGUUCACACACAGGGUCCUCAUCAUCCGCACGCUCAUCAUUUUCUUUAACUGGUUAGCCGUUAACCUGCUGUACUACGGGUUAAGUCUCAACCUGGACAACCUGGCAGGGUCCUCCUACUUCAACUACCUCAUCGGCACCCUGGUGGAGUUUGUCGCUUACGUCAUCUGUCUUCUGCUGCUGGACAGGACAGGACGGAAGAAGCUGCACUGUAUUUGUAUGUUCACAGGCGCGGCCGCCUGUCUGGCUGUCAUGAUACCUGUCACGUUUGCUGGUCAAAGUCACCAAUGGAUAGCCACGUGUCUUUCAAUGGUGGGCAAGCUCAGCGCUUCCGGCUGCUACGCCAUCUUGUACAUAAUGUCUGCAGAACUGUUUCCAACCGUCAUGAGGAACUCUGGCAUUGGAUGCUGUUCUAUAUUUGAAAGUCUUGGAGGCAUGAUCUCCCCUUAUAUUGCUGAUAUGGGUUUGAUGAUAGGCGGGGCCUUUGCUCAAGGUUUGCCAAUGGUCGUGUUUGGCACUGUCAGCGUUUUAGCUGGUUUCCUCUCCUUAGCGUUGCCAGAGACCCUACACAGAACGCUUCCAGAGUCUAUACAGGACGCUAUAGAUUUUGACAAGCAACCAAAAUCCUCUAAAAAUGGCGUCGGUCAGACAAAUGGAUUCAAACAUCCGGAAGUUGAGCUGGAGCUGGUGGUACCGUUGACCAAAGUGUGAACUUCCGUUUUUUUUUACAUUUGCAUAUGUCAAUCAUCUUCGUUAAACAUUUA